AACGACUUAAGUGGCCAAUUGACAGUUCCAAAUUAUAUUGAAUAUAAAAAUAUAUAUAAAUGUGAAACACAUGCUUUCAUUUUGACAGCUGGUUUUACAGUUGUUCUUCUAGAAGCUGACACACCCUACAUGUAUUAUUUUAAUUCAGAUUAUUUGUAUACGUAAUAUUGGCACUGACUGUAAUAUUGACAUGCGCUCAAUUUUCUCUCUAUAUUGGUUCUCUUUAUCUGUACCAAAGAAUGUGCAAUAAAAAUAAACACUUUACUGAUUACUCAUUUAUCACUUAUCUGCUAUCGCUUUCAAGUGUGUAGUGGAUACUUGUGGACAUUACGGCGUUUAGUACUGUGGUAAGCUUGUGGAGUGUAAGUCUCGAAUUGGUUGCAAAAACGUGCUAAUUUUGUAACACAAAUUAUAUGUAUAUUUAAAAUACGUGUAAUAAUAAAGAGAGCUUUGAAUUUUUGUUGUUCGCGGUUAUUACAAAUAAGUAUUUUUUUUUUCAAAUUUUGUGUGUUUGUUUAUUCUUGGAAUUCGUUGUUGUUUAUAAACAAUCUGUCACUGAUGUUUGAAUGACCCCACUUUCUGUCAGCAAGAUACACUGACUUAAAUCCAGAAUGAACGAGACAGCCAUAGCGUGUGAAAAAGUGCUAAUAAAUAAAAAAAUAACAACAACAAAGCCCACACAACACUCGUCUUUAAAUCGCGGUUUUCCCGUUUAUUUGUUUACUUCGUUAUACAUACAAGUAUCUGUGUAUAAUAACAAAUAUUUUUUAUUGGUUUUUCUAUGCACUGAUUCGCAUUCAUAGUUACAUUUAUAUAAAUUUGUUGAAAUAUAGUUUCACUAGAGCAUUGAAAAAGUGAAGUAAUCAAUUGAAAAUUUUGUGUGAAAUAUUAGAAAAGAAAUCUUUCAACGCAGCUCGAACACCAAAGAUGACGUCAUUACGGUUCAUACAAAUACUCAUCGCUGCAAUCUUAAUCAAUAUGGCAACAGCCGGCACAAUCGCACCAUCGUUAGGCGCCAGUCGCAAUCUCUUCGCAGCGGAUAUUUUCCAAGCGUUAGCACAGACGCGUUCACAGGAAAAUGUCGUCUUUUCACCAGCGUCCAUACAGAGUUGCUUGGCGUUGGCCUUCCUCGGCGCUGAAGGUGAAACGGCACAACAACUGCGUAGCGGUUUACGUUUGCCGACGGCGUUGGAUAAAGUAAGCAUUGCGGCUGAUUAUGCUGGUUUUCUGCAAAAGAAUUUCCAUAAAGCCACGAACGCAGCAGAGGAUGCACCAAAGUUGCGCAUGGCCAAUCGUGUGUAUGUUAGUGAGUUGCUGGAAUUGUCAGCAAAGUUCAAUGAACUUGCCAAAACUAGUUUCGAGUCCGAAGCGGUGCCAACGAAAUUCGCCGACGCGUCUACCGCCGUACAAACGAUUAAUACGUGGGUUGAGAAAGAAACUGAGGGCAAAAUCACGAAUUUACUACAACCAGAUGCUGUGAAUGACGAUACCAGCGCGAUCUUGGUGAAUGCGAUUUACUUUAAAGCCAAGUGGCUGCAUCCCUUCAGUGCGUUCUCAACUUCGGAUCAUGAGUUCCGGAUGAGCGAUGGACAAACGUCGUCGGUGUCUAUGAUGUACGGCGAUGAGCGUGUGAAAUAUGGCGACUUAGCGGAUUUGGAUGCGAAAGCUAUUGAAUUGCCAUACAAGAAUUCAGAUUUGUCAAUGCUGGUGCUUUUGCCUAAUAAAGUUGAGGGUUUAGCGGCGUUGGAGCAGAAAUUGGCGAAUGCUGAUCUGAAUUUGAUUGUCGAGCGUAUGCGUAGCACAAGUGUUGAUAUAUUUUUGCCAAAGUUUCGCAUUGAAUUUGAAGUGGAUCUGAAGCAACCGCUGCAGCAGUUGGGCAUGGUAGACAUGUUCAGCUGGUCGGCUGAUUUUAGCAGCCUUUUCGCGGCAAGCCCACAACAAAAAGUCGAUGAAGUCAAACACAAGGCAUUCCUCGAUGUGAAUGAGGCUGGCUCCGAAGCGGCUGCGGCCACAUUUAUGAAAAUCGUGCCAAUGAGCCUGAACUUGGAUCAGAAGGUGUUCAAGGCGGAUCAUCCAUUUGUGUUUGCGAUACGAAACAGGGAGGCCGUCUACUUUGUAGGGCAUGUGGCAAAGUUGUAAAGCUACUGAAUGCAUGCAGUAAAGAUUUUUAAAAUAUUUCGAAUGUAUUUGUAAAAUAUUUUUUAAUUUAAUAAAAAGGUAUAUUCACUAAUCGAAUCCAAA